AUGGAGGAGCUGGUGGUGGAGGUGCGGGGCUCCAAUGGAGCCUUCUACAAGGCCUUUGUGAAAGAUGUACACGAGGAUUCCAUUACGGUUACUUUCGAGAAUAACUGGCAACCAGAGAGACAGAUACCAUUCCACGAUGUAAGGUUUCCACCUCCUUCAGGGUAUAAUAAGGACAUAAAUGAAAGCGAUGAGGUUGAGUUUUUGAGGGUGAAAGGAGAAGAUGAUUUCAUGGUUUAUUUCCAGGGCAAAUGAAAAAGAGCCAUGCUGCUGGUGGCUAGCUAAAGUUAGAAUGAUAAAGGGUGAGUUUUAUGUAAUAGAGUAUGCAGCUUGCGACGCUACGUACAAUGAGAUUGUCACAAUAGAGCGACUGAGGUCUGUAAACCCUAACAAGCCAGCAACAAAAAACACUUUUCACAAAGUAAAGUUGGAUGUACCUGAAGAUCUGCGGCAAAUGUGCGCAAAAGAAUCUGCUCAUAAAGACUUCAAAAAAGCCGUUGGAGCAUUUUCAGUAACAUAUGAUUCUGAAAACUGCCAGCUAAUCAUCCUUUCUGUUAAUGAAGUUACAAUAAAAAGGGCAAACAUGUUGAGUGACAUGCAUUUCCGGAGUCUCCGGACUAAACUGUCUCUGAUGCUGCGUAAUGAAGAAGCAAGCAAGCAACUUGAAAGUUCAAGGCAGCUAGCAUCCAGGUUUCAUGAGCAGUUUGUUGUACGAGAAGACCUAAUGGGCCUUGCUAUUGGCACUCAUGGUGCAAAUAUUCAACAGGCUAGAAAGGUUCCUGGGGUGACUGCCAUCGAUUUGGAUGAAGAUACAUGCACAUUUCAUAUUUAUGGAGAGGACCAAGAUGCUGUAAAGAAGGCCAGGACCUACCUUGAAUUCGCAGAAGAUGUCAUUCAAGUUCCUCGAAAUUUAGUCGGAAAGGUUAUUGGGAAGAAUGGGAAACUCAUCCAGGAAAUAGUCGAUAAAUCGGGGGUUGUUCGAGUUAGGAUUGAAGCAGAAAAUGAUAAAAAUAUCUCCCAAGAAGAGGGAAUGGUUCCGUUUGUUUUUGUGGGUACAAAGGACAGUAUCACCAAUGCAACAGUUCUACUGGACUACCACCUGAACUAUUUAAAGGAAGUAGACCAACUCCGCUUGGAGCGGCUUCAGAUUGAUGAACAGCUUCGGCAGAUCGGAGCCAGCUCAAGGCCUCCACAGAAUCGCCCUGACAAAGAGAAGGGCUAUCUGAGUGAGGACUGCAGUGGUAUUGGACGGGGAGGACGUCCCUACAACAACAGAGGGCGCAGCAGGCGGGGUACAGGAUAUGCCUCAGGUACAAAUUCUGAAGCAUCAAACGCAUCAGAAACUGAAUCUGACCACCGAGAUGAGCUUAGUGAUUGGUCUUUGGCACCAGCAGAAGAAGAUCGGGAUAACUACAUUCGGAGAGGGGAUGGAAGAAGACGUGGUGGCGCACGAGGCCAAGGGCUGAGGGGGCGGGGUGGCUUCAAAGCAAAUGAUGACCAAUCUCGGACAGACAACAGGCAGCGCACUUCAAGAGAGCCUAAAGCACGGACAGCAGAUGGCUCUCUGCAGAUCCGAAUCGACUGCAAUAACGAAAGAAGUGUACACACUAAAAGCUUGCAGAACACGACUGUUGAGGGCACCCGACUUCGCACUGGCAAAGACCGCAUUCAAAAGAAAGAGAAGCCUGAGGCUGUGGAUGGCCAGCAACUGAUGGUCAAUGGUGUACCAUAA